UUUCCAGAUGUUUUGCUUUCUUUUAUUAUUAUUGUACUUGGCUGUGUUGGCGGAUGGCGAACAAGCAAUCGUAGAGGGCCCACAGGAAUCGUCUGUAUUUUUAGGACAAACUGUAGUACUCAAGUGCAAAGUAAAAAAUCAGAAAGGUGCUGUGCAAUGGAUGAAAAAUGGUUUUGGUUUGGGAGUGGAUCGUCAGCUCAAGUUCUUUCCUAGAUAUUCGAUGAUAGGUAGUGCAAGUCGAGGAGAGUAUAAUUUACAGAUAACAAACACAACCGUAGGCGACGAUGACGUUUAUGCUUGUCAAAUAAGCGAAGCGGCGAGCGAACCAUCCGUCAUUUCGAAUCCAGCCAAGCUUACAGUACUCAUUCGACCGACACCACCGAAACUCCAGAAGACAGGCCACUUUAUGAAUGCUGUGGCUGGAGAGAAUGUGUUACAAUCGUGCUUGUCCAGGAAAGGUAAACCUCCACCAAGACUUGGAUGGGCUUUGAGCUAUGACGCUGAAUGCCGAAAUAUCUCGGCAUGGCUCGGUGAAACUCGUGUGAAAUUUUCUCACUUGUUCAAAAACACGAUAGCGACACAGGAGUCUCUACAAGCAGAGAUCGAAGAGGAGAUCCAAAAAGACGGCCACGGUUACAUAGUUUCUAGUAAUAUCAGCUUUGUUCCACGACCUGGUGAUGAUCGCAAGUAUCUUGUCUGCAUGAGUCAGCAUGACACGUUUCCGGAAAAGAGCGAAUGCGACUCCGUGAAGCUCAUGCUACAGUAUGCACCAAGAGUGAAUCUUUCACUUGCUUCUCAUCAAAAACUUCGAGAAGGUGGUUCAGCUUUUCUCGCCUGUAAUGUAGACGCUAAGCCCUUGGAUAAUAUCCGAAUUGCAUGGUAUAAAAAUGGUAAUCAGCUACUUCCACAUACAACUGAUACUCUGUUUCUCGAAACUUUGAAAAUGGAAGAUCAUCGAACCGAGUACACAUGUCAAGCGACAAACUCCGUCGGGACAAGCCGCUCAUCAAUGUGGAUUGAUGUGUCAUUCGGGCCUAGAAUCAUGUCCACUCCGCAAGAGAAGGAAGUCAACGAAGGCGAACCUGCAUCAUUUCGAUGUGAUGCUGUCGGGAAUCCCAGUCCUACAAUCUUGUGGACGAGAGCAGGAGACGAUCAGAUUCUUUCCAAAGGAGACACGAUCUCGAUUAGCAAUGCUCGUAGCUGGCAACAAGGUGAAUACAUCUGCACUGCAGUAGUCGAAGGAUUCAAACAUGCUUCCGUAUCGCACUUUCUGCACAUUCGAGGCCCUCCAAUUAUCACGGUUCCGGCUGAGGUGGCUGCUGACGUUGGAGAAACCGUUGAGAUGUCCUGUCAUGUCAGUGGCAGACCAAAACCAUUGGAAGUGAACUGGAAAAAGAAUGGCGAAGAUCUUGACUAUGCUUCAGGGAAGAUGCAGGUCCAUCAAAUUCCACGGUCUUACGGUGUCGAAAGUCGACUGAUAAUUCGUGAUUUACGAGAGAUUGACAUGGGUGCCUAUAAUUGCACGGCUAAUAAUGGUAUUGGUGCAGAUGCGAAAACAGUGACGCUGCAGCCACGUGGUGUUGGAAAUCUUUUCGCUUACUUUGGCACAACCACACUGGUGGCACUUGCUACCGCCCUGCUCACUCUGCUCAUAUUCAUAUGCUGUUGUAUAAUCUAUAAGCGCCCGAUCUUACCAGAGAAAGGCGCUCGAUUCAUUGACGAUCCAUCGGACGUGACUGUGAAGUGCGAAGUCCUUGAUGGAAAUUUCUUCCCGGAAAUGUAUAGUUGUGGUGAUGGUGGAAAUAUCGCAUCUUCAAAGGACUACAUAUCUAUCCCUCAAAAUAAUCCAGAUUUGGAUUAUGUGCAAACAACAACAUUCUUUAAUUCCCUCUAUCCUAAAUGUGCUAAUUCGUCGUCACCAGAAUAUAAUGUCAUGAAUGGAAAAAUGGAACAUUCCUAUGGAUCAUUCGCUUCUGGAGUCUCUACACCUGGAGCUCUCUCCGAUAUGUACGGAAUCAGCGUGGAAAAGGCACAAGGUCUUGAAACUUUGCAAGAAGUCGACACGCCGAAUAUCUCUAACUACAACUUUUUACAAACCGUCGAUAAUAGGCCACCUAGUAGGACGUCUACUCAUGUAUAGCCCGAUAUGUGCUUCUCAUUCGAACAUGAUCUCAAUCUGAUUAGUCUAUUAGAAGCUCUAUUAUAUCUGAAAGUGUCAUUUGUGCAAGUAUUAUCUAACUUUCUGACUCUCAGAGAUAUCCCUACACGAGUCAGGGAGUAGAUGACGUCAUUCGCUUACGUACAGUUCACAGAUGAUGUUCCAAAAUUCGACAUUAACUACCACCUAUAUUUGCGCUCAUCGUUUUAAUUCAAAAUCUAUACUAGCUAUCGACUAGUCAGGUCUUGAUCUUGUCCUAAGUCUCUGUUAGCGCCAGCUGACUCUUAAAGACAGUCUGCAGGUAAAUCUGUACCUGAACGGCAGCUCCUAUGACUCAUUCGUAACCGAGGCUCAACACUUAACUCAUGCCCAAUACCACUUUCCUCGGGGCGGACUAAACAGCGACGAAGUACAGUCUGGGUUGGAGUAUAGAAUUGAAAUGCUCAGCUGCGAAUAAACAAAGAGCUGCCAUGGGUUGCACGAUCGAGUUCACUUGAUCAGUUUCACAGAUAAAAUUUAGCUACCCAAGUUUGCCUGUGCACGGCCAAAAGAGAUUUAUUUCCGUGAGUGCUGUUCAAAAAAUUUCUCUCCUAAUGAUUUUUCGAUUAUGGAACACUGCGUACUGUAUCGUAUCUUCAUUGCCUUCAAUUUCGGGUGCUUUUCUUGCAGUAUAACUACUCAUCAUCGUUAUAUCAGUCCAUUUAACCUUGCUGACGAGCUACAUGCGAUAUGUCAAUGUUUUUCUAGGCAUCAUAGCCGUCCAUGCAAAAAUUACUAUGCAAUUAUCGUAAAUCGUGAAUCUUGCUCAGCCUGUGCUUGUCGAUUUGUUUUUGUCGAACGGAGUGUAAAUUGCCAUUCUCUUAGUCACACCAGUAUAUGUGUUAUAGUGUAUUUGUACAUUACAUGAUAGUUUCACAUGUAUUCUUUUUUGAAUGAAUAUUUUCAUUUGAC